AUGUAUUAUUACGCCAGCAAGCUGACUGCGGCGGCUCUAAGCGGCGUUGACUCCUUCGGCGGGGGCGAAGGGGCCGCAGGGGGUGGCAGAGGGGCGGCGCACGGUGGACGGGUGUGUCGAUGCCACGAGGUGCACAGGGAACAGCAAGAGCAGCAGCAGCAACAACAGCAACAGCAGCAGCACCAGUCACCGAAGAGAAGUCAACAGCAGCCGCCCCAGACCGCCCGUCAUCAUUCCCGAGCACCGCGAGUGAACACCCCCACCCUCGGGCCCACCACCUCCCAGCAUGUCGUCGUCGAGCACCCAAGGCCCAACCACUAUCACCGGCAUCGGACAAAGCACAAGCGCGCGGAAGUGCAGGCUAGUGGUGCUUGCGAGCACGGACAAUCGUUGAAUGGAUUAUUGAAUAAGAAGUGGUUGCUGGAGGAGAGUCGAUUCAGGAGCCGAUACGACUUCCCUAGAAAAGGAUUACAGAAGCACAGGAGGCCGUCCUUUGAUCUUCGAGUACCUACAUCGUCCAAAGGAACCACCGCGUUUCAACCUACAUUUUGA